AUGAAACCACAUAAAAUUGAGAAGAAAAUCAAGAAGAGAUUUGGUGAUUCUCGUAAAAAUCAAGCAGCGUCCAUCAUCGAUAACAAUGAUUCAAUCGAACAUCGUCCUAAAACAAUCAUACAACCAGAACCAAAGAAAGUACAGAAGAAACAGAACUUGAUCCUGACCCUGACAUCCAUACCCGAUCCCAAUAAGGUGUAUCGCGUAGCAGCCUAUUUGAAACGACCACCAAGACUAUUGAUUCAAGCACUAGGUCGGCAGCUCAAUCAUCUAAUUAAGACCAAAUCGGAACAUGCAUUUAUUUACUCACGAUUAAAACUAUUAGAUUUACAAUUUUGUUCAAAUGUACAUCAAUCUCUUUGUCAAUCUUAUUAUGAUAUUGGAUAUGAACAACAUCAAUGGCGAGAUCAUUUAUAUAAGAUAUCAGAAAUCAGUGAACCUCAGCUAUGUCGAAAAUUCGUACAAGACUAUUUGACUCAUAUACAACAGCAAUUAGAACAAUGCAUUACAAAGUUGAAUUUACAAGCAGAAACUUGUCCUAAAACUUUGACUGUCACUCUCAUUGACCAUCAUUUAAAAGAAUAUAUCUGUUCGCAACAAAAACGAUUCACGCGUAAAAUACAAUACCAAUUAAAAAGAUUCAAAGAUGAGAUGCAUGAAAAACGCCUUCAUCACAUUUUAUUCCAAAAUAAUCUGACGAGUCAUCAGAAGGAAGCAAUCAAUCGUAUUAUUCAUCUACGAGAAACAGAAUUAAAAAUACGAAAAGAAUUGUUACUGUUAGAACAACGAAUUCUAUCAAAACUAUUACCUGCUACUUUUGAUCAAUUAGAUACUCUGGUAGCAUAUGAUUUCUAUACACCAACUCUUGAACACCAGUAUUCACUCAGUUACAAAAUAAAACGUUCAAAAAUCUUACGAGAAACGAAACGAACUUGGUUCAAUAUACUGAUGGAAUCUUAUGAUGUCAAGAUGAAAGAAUAUGGAAAUUAUAUUCGACCAAAUCGUACUGCUCUUCGCUCAUAUAAAGAACGAAAAAAAAAAGUUCAAGAGCAACAUAAUAUCAUGGUGAAUCGAACGAAAUUAGAGCUUCCAGAAAAAAGUUGCAGAGAUGCUGGAUCUAACAUUUUCAAACAAUUCUCUGAACGCCUUCAAGCUUGUCUCAUGCUUCACUAUAUGAUUCCCGUUCCAUUUAUUGAACACGUUCGUGCUCAGCGUGGUUUACAGACGAUGAAGUUGAUUCGUCGUAAACUCAAGAAAAGUCAAUUACUUCUUUGA